CCCUAGACUUGUCGACCAUCGGCGAGAAAACAAGAAACAAGAAGAAACAGAGAGACAGCGAGAGCUUCUGAUUGGUCUUCUUCUGUAGAGCUUAUUACUUUUAUAACGAACCCCAAUCAAUCACUUCUCUCUUGUUGUUGUAAAUGGCCGAGUUGACUCAGAGCGAGGUGGCGUACAACUCGCCGCCGAAGACUAUGCAACUCUGGAAGGCUCUGCUCAACUGGCUCGGAUUCCUGUUCCAGAUCUUCGUUCAAGUCGUCAGAGCUCUCGGCCACCACCCUUUACUCUCUUCUUCGUCGUCUUCCGAAGUUUCCUUCAAGUCGUUGCCAGCUGUCGAGUUGCCCGAGCACGACUCCUCCGCCGCCGUGGAAAUCGAUGCUCCCGAUUCUGACUCCGACGAUCCUCCGCAGAAGCUGACGGUGGUGCUUGACCUGGAUGAGACGCUGGUGUGUGCGUACGAGUCGGCCAGCUUGCCGGCGAUGGUUCGGACUCAGGCGACUGAAGGUGGGAUGAAGUGGUUUGAGCUCGAGUGUAUUUCUUCUGACAAGGAAUGUGAUGGGAAACCGAAGGUGAAUUAUGUUACAGUUUUUGAGCGGCCGGGGUUGCAUGAGUUUUUGAAGCAAGUUCAUGGGUUUGCUGAUCUUGUAUUGUUUACUGCUGGACUUGAAGGUUAUGCUAGACCACUUGUUGACAGAAUAGAUGUAGAGAACCGGUUCAGUUUUAGGCUUUAUCGGCCUUCAACAACCAGCACGGAAUAUCGUGAGCAUGUAAAGGAUCUAUCUGGCCUAUCAAAGGAUUUGGGGCGAAUUGUUCUUGUUGACAACAACCCUUUCAGUUUCUUGUUGCAACCUUUGAAUGGAAUUCCAUGCAUUCCAUUUUCUGCUGGGCAAUUACACGACACACAGGUAGGAAGAUCCAACCGUGUGAACUUUUAUACACUCAUUACCUCUUUACUUUUUAUCACUCAUCUUCCACUUCGUCGCCUCUUUAUCUCUUUUCAUUUCCCCCACACCGUUUGUUUUUCAGCUUUUGGAUGUUCUUCUUCCACUGCUUAAGCACCUGUCGCUGCAGAAAGAUGUGAGACCUGUUCUUUAUGAGAGGUUUCACAUGCCUGAAUGGUUUCAAAAGCAGGGAAUCCCUUCAACUAGUUGGAAAUAGUAGGAUUGGCAUAUAUCAAGCUUUCAAUUCUGAGCGAUUAGUCUGUUCAAGGCAGUGUCAUCAUCGACUCCCACAAUUCUUCUGUACAGCAUCACUGUGUACACUGCAAAUUUGUUGAUACAAGGGUGUACUAUCAAUAGAGGUCUAAGUGUUGCAUCUCACUAUCGUAUACGGAAGCCAUACUUUAUAAUGUAGAUUUGUUGAAACCCUGAUCCUUGUGCAACUCUGUUUAUAUGCUUGCUGUUAGUUCUCUCGGAUGCCUUACCAUUUUGUCAGAAUUUUGUGAAAUUGUUGCCAAUAAUGAUUAGUUUACUGAUCCUCGUC